AUGAAAUCCGUAUCACCCACCUCACCCGGGCGGGCAAAGCACCUCGAACGCAACCGCAUCGCCGCCAACAAAUGCCGCGAAAGAAAGAAGAAAGAACACAAACAAAUCGAGCGACGCCUCAGCGACGAAACCGAAAAGAAAGAUCUCCUCCUAGCACAGUUGAACUGUCUACGAGAAGAAGUUUGGGAUUUGAAAAACCUCAUCUUCCAACACGCCGAGUGCCAAGACCACCAAAUCAACCACCAGCUCGCCAAGAUGACCGACACUGUCCUGCAUAAUAAUCCCAACCUGGAAGUCAACCCUAACCUGCCGACAAGCUCAUCUCCAUUUUCGACUGGGACGUGGACCGACGAGUCGGGCGCAGAUGAUGCCAACCCCGGAUCGGGCGCAUGCGAUCCCAACACAUACAAUCGCAACGAUUGGACGGUGUUGCCUGCGAUCGCGAACGAUUUCACCCCUUAUGAACCGAAUGGUUUUACGGAUUCGCUGUUUGAAAAUUUUAUCGAUGCGGAUAAUGUGUAUACCUAA